CCAAAGCCAGUUUGGCUGUGCGCUGCUUCGAACGCCCACGGCCCGUACGACUGGGAAAACACACCACACGAUGCAUUGGGGCAGCCUCCUCGCCGCCGCCGCGGCCGCCGCCACGCCGCAAGAGCGACAAUUGGCCGGCGUCUCGACGAGCGCCACGAGCGGCCAACGAUGGAAAACAGAAAGGAAAAGGCGCUUCGAGGGCGUCGUCGGCCUCACGAAUAUUGAUCGGCCGCGCUGGCCGCGGCCGCGCCUGAAAUGUGUCAGGGCGGCGGUGUGUACGACGAUAAACGCCUUGACACAACCUAUAGAGAUCGUGGCGAACGCCUCGGACUGGUGUUUGGUGGUCGUUGGCGACGCCAUCACGCCCGGCGACGCGUACCAACGGUUAGCAAGGCAGAAACCUGAUAAAGUCGCGUACCUGAGUCUCGAGGACCAAAGACGAUUACCGUACGAGACGAGCGCGGCGAUGCCCGAGCGCCAUUUUGGGAGGAAGAACGUGGGUUACGUCUACGCGGCGCACGCCGGUGCUUCUCAAAUUUUUGACUUCGACGACGACAACGCGCUCCUGUCGGCCACCGCUCUGGACGGGCUCAAACCUACCACGAAAGUAUAUCUAGCUUCGGGCCAGGGUCCCGUGAACCCCUACCCCUGGUUCGGCGCCUCGAAGGCCUGGCCGCGCGGCCUGCCCCUCGAUUCCUUGAAUGCCGCGAACGCGUCGCUAUCGACGACCAAAUCCACGGUACAACUGGGGGCGGUCCAGGGCCUCGCGCAGCGCGACCCCGACGUGGACGCCAUCUAUAGGUUGGCGCCCCGAAACGCUUUACCCUUGCCGUUCUUUUUUGAGAGAAAGGCGGCUUCGGAAAAUCUGAUAGCCCUCUCGCACAAAACGAUGGCGCCCUUCAACGCGCAAGCGACGCUCUGGUUCCGCGACGCCUUUGCAGCUUUGUACUUACCUACCACGGUCCACGGCCGCGUGUCGGAUAUUUGGCGGUCGUAUGCGGCGCAGGCCGCGUUCCGUUGCCAGGGGUUGUCUUUGGCCUUCAGUCCGCCGGUCGUGGAACAAGACAGGAACGCCCACGACUUCAUGGGCGACUACAUGAGCGAACGGCCCCUCUACGAGGAGGCGGGGGCGCUCGUCGAGUACCUCCUCGCGUGGCCGUGCCCUUCUGGUAGUUCGCUGCCGGCGGUCUUCGAGCGGCUCUUCGUGGACCUCUACGAGCGCGGCUUUAUCGAGGUCCAGGACGUCGGGCGGCUCCAGGCGUUUCUGAGGGAUCUGAUCCGCGCGACGGACCACGGCGCGGCGCUCCCCGGGCGGGCGAACCGGCACAGGCGGGGCGGCUGGCGGAGCGGGGCGGGUAGUGGAUAAUCGUCAGAGUGC